AUGAACAAGUGGUUCUCAAAUGAGCUUGGUGAGAUGAAAGAUAUGCAGCAUCGACAAGACCAGAAAAACAUCCGUCUUGCUAUGGGACCUCAUGAAAGGCUCUUUACAGACUCAUCGUCGCUACAGAGGACGAUCUGGAAGCCCGAUGCACCGGAGUUUAUUCCGAUUUCACAUCGACCUUCUGCAGAAACAAGCGGAGACACACAAUAUCCUAUUCUGGAGGAUCAAUACGCAGUAAUUCCAGAGCAAUUUCGGGAGCACAGUGAAGUUUGCAAGGAGAACCUGCAGCAGCCUAUCCUCACACCGACAGCAAUGGACACUUCGGUUUCUCCCGUAGAUGGCAAAGUUACCUCCUACGAGACAACCGACGGGGAAGCAGGCGACAAUAUGGCCGUCCCUGUCCUGCAGCAGAUAGACAAUGGUGUUGUUUUGGCGUACCCGAAGAGGCCUCGAAAGAGGGCUAGGCGAUCAAAGUACAGACCGGUUGUGCGCAGAAAGUUCACUGAGAGUGAACCUACUGAUAUGAAUUUCGAUCCUGGUCAGUACCAAUUCUUGGCCUAG